AUGAGGUGGUAUAAGGGUUUCAAUCCGUGGACGGCCAAGGUGAAAUCCACGAUGGUGUGGGUGCAAGGGUCACCAAUAGAGUUUUUCAAUAGAGAAGCAGCUAUGCGAAUUGGAGCUCUUAUUGGGAAACCUAUCCGGGUGGAUAGGGCAACGGAAGAGGGAGCAAGAGGCAAUUACGCUCGAGUAUGUGUAGAGGUGGAUCUCUCGAAACCUUUGCUGGCAAAAUAUAAGGUUGAAGGAAUUAAAUACCGUAUUCAGUAUGAGGGGUUGGACAAGAUAUGUACUGAGUGCGGAAGGUAUGGGAAACCCACUGACCAGUGCGAUUGCAAGGAACCUAUAAUAAAAGAAACAGUGGUCGAGACGGUGGAGGUGGUGCCGGAGAUACAGGCGGAAGAGACAAGAUCGGAACCAGCUUAUGGGGACUAUAUGAUGGUUAAGAAGAAGGAGAAACGUCCUGCUCAUAAGCCCUAUGAGACUGGAUAUAAGGGAGUGACUUAUGCAAAAGCAUCUACAGCUGGAAGGAAUAGAUUUCAAGUGCUUAAUGAGGACAUGACAGGUGAACGAGGCCCAUCGACAAAAAAUGAGAAUAAAUUUGCGACAUCAAAGGAAAAAGGCCAGGAACAGAAAGAACAACACAGUGAAAAUCAAGGAGAGAAGAUAAGGGAGGGUAGAGGCGAAAAAGCGAACGUGGGACAAUAG